AUGUUCCCCACUUUAAAAUCAUUACCAAAUUCCAUUCCUAAAUGUAAUAAAUUCUACUUCUAUAAAUUAUUUUAAUUGACAAAGUAAUAUUUAGUGCUUUUCUUUAUAAAAAUAUUUUAAUCAAAAAAACCACACUAAAAUCUAGAGAUUUUUGAUUAGCUUUGUUAAGUAGAUCAAGAAUUAACGAUUUAAUAUCAAUAGGUAGUUUAAAUCUUCAAAAAUAGUUUAAGAAAGAGUGCGACCACACCAAUUUUGUUGCAGAGUAAGCAAGACUCCUUAAUUUAAACUUAAUAAAUUAUACAAAAAAAAUUGUUAAUCUAACUAACAAUGUAGAAUUGUACUUUCAGUUACGAAUAAAUUCCUGAAUAUAAUUAAUAACUUCAUGACUAUUGUUAUGCCAUAGCCAUCAAUCACAACAAUACUUAUCUUUUAGCAUCUGAUCAAAUGAGAAUCAAAAUAUUUCUAAUGUCAAAAAGUGGACUCAAGCUAUUGCAAACAAUGAGAAAACAUAAAUCUGUAGUUUACACUCUGAAUUUUAUGAAUGAUAGAUAAUAAUUUGUCUCUAGUUCGCUUGACAAUUCCAUCGUAAUUUGGUCGGAAAUUAAUCAAUCCAACCCUAAAUAUCUCACUAAACUAAAUGAUCACAGAGAUUCUGUUAGAUGUGUAAAUUAUAGUUCUCAUUUUUAAAGUUUAAUUGUCAGUGGAUCAGAUGAUCAUAGUAUUAAAUUUUGGUAUUAUUUAAACUCUUGUUCAUAUUGGUCUUGUUAAUAAGCAAUUAAAGAACAUAAUGAUUCAGUUUAUGGAUUAUCAAUGAAUCAGGAAGGAACCACACUAAUUUCUUGUAGUUCAGACAAGCAGAUAUUGGUUAUGAAUAGAGAUAAUUCAAAUAUGAAAUAAUGGAAAGUCAUCCAAACGAUUAAUGUAAAAAAAUGGGGACUUCGGAUUUGUUACAUAACUAAUAAUAUGUUUGCAUUCUUACCUCAUAGUAAUGGAGAACAAUGGAAAGGUGGAAAGACUCUCCACAUAUACACAUUAACCAAAGACACAAAAAAAUUCAGAAAAAGGGAAGAAUAUAAAAUUCAAGGUGGAGGACAAUUUUGUGACGCUGAAUUUCCAGCUCUUUUUGUCUAAUCCAAAUAAAUACUCCUCCUUAAAAAUGGAUGCACAAUAAAUUUAUUAAAAUUUAAUUUUUUCAAUAAUUCUAUCUAAGAAGAAACUUACUAAUGUAAAUUAUAAUAAUUUAUUUAUUUUGAUUGUAAGGAUAAAGAUGAAUGUGGAGCUUUAUUUGGAACAAUUAGUGAGAACGGAGAGUAUUUGAUAACAUGGGAUUGGAAAAAAGGGUAAAUUCAGGUAAGAAGAUACUAAGAAAUUCUUGAUAUAAAUCAAAUAUGA